AUGUCCGGAGUCCAAUCUCGCCAGCAACCUCUCCGCCUCUCUUUUCUUGUCACAUCGUCGCUCAUUCUUGCCACAACGUCCAUCUUGAUCACACCCGUCGCCGCCUCACCAAUCUCGCCUCUCGCCGCCGUCGGCCAGCAACGACGAGACAACAAUCCUCUCAACAUUGAGUGGGGUCCCGCGCCAGCUCCCGAAGACGGCCCUCCUCUCUCCGCAGGUGCGCUGAGAGACACGAAAUACCUGCCGAUCCAGAUUGGUGCCAUUGUCGGUGCCUACGGAGUCUCACUGGUGCUGGUCGCCAUCCUCAUCCUCAUUCUUUCCAAAAAGCGUCGCGAACACCUCAAAGCCGCCGACGAAGAAGAAGAAGACGAAGAGGACCUAGAAGCUGUCUUUUUUGAAGACGACAGGAAGCAGUUGCCGAAUCUCAUCAUCCCAACGCGGCCCGAAUCGCCACGCAGCAUCCCACGGAGUCCCGUUCGCAACUUCUCGUACCCGUCGCCAGACAGAAGCGAAUUCUUCCCCAGUCCGGUGACACCCUACAUCUCCCCUUCGCCCUCCUCCACGCUCCACGCCCCCGGUGUUGAUUUCGCAGUCGACCAGCGUGUGGUCGCAGCCGACAGACACAUGGCGCAAACGCAGCUCGAAGACAUGUACAAGUACGUGAUGGAACAGGAAGAGGCCAAGGCCAAAGGCAUCAUCCUCCAGGGACCGCCUGCGCCUGUGAUCGCCUCCACCUACCCAAGGUCGUCGACGUCCGACCGGUCGACCGCGCCAUCCACCCUCAAGAAGGAGAAGAACAAACCCGCGGCCCUGAACCUCACCGAGGAGAAGAAGUCGCGCACCUCUUCCAUCCUCUCGGCCCUGCGCUCCCCCAAGAAGAAGACAGGGGUGCGCGGCAUCAGCAUCUCGUCUCCCAUGAUGACCCCGAAAUCCGCCACUUUCCCCCGGUAUGAGGCUCAAGAGAUGGACACCAUCCCUCCUCGUCACUAUGCCCCGCCCCCGCCACCUCCGGUCCCUACCGACCAGGUGCCCUUUGGCCUGCAGCGAGGACAGGUGCAGACCGCACCCAUCUCCCCCGAUCAAUCGCCAGAGAGCACGCAGAGCAUCGACGAGCGCAUCGGCUUCCAGCUGCCCCUCAGCCAACCGCCCAAGCACGGCAACCACCACCGCACUAUCUCAUCGGCCCCCACGGAGGCCGAUCCCAUCUCGGCCGCAUCCGACCAUUCCCAGACGCCCCUUGUCGGUCUUCCUACAUCCCCCAAGCCCCAUGUCACGCGUUUCCCCACGCUGCCGGCCUCACCCAAGCCUGGCGCCACCUUCCAGCGUCCCAACGCCCCCUCGGCCGUUCGCACCGGCGGUGCCUUGCCCCUGCGCGCCUACGAGCCUUCUCUAGCUUCUCCAUCUAUGGUGGCACAUAACACCAAGCAGACGACGUUUGAGCGCACAGGUCCCCUCUCGCCGAGCGGCCUGCGCACGCCGGCUACGGGAGCCGCAGUGCCGUACUCUCCGUACCAGCCCUUCACCCCCUGUAUCCCCAUGACACCGUCUCUGGUGUCCAAGGCGGAUCGCAAGCGCAUGAAGCGUCUGGAGCCCAAGACGCCGACUAUGGAAAUGGUGCGCGACAGCGAGGACGUGUGGUAA